GCGGUAUGUCUACCGUCCUUAUUGGAUCAGAGGAUUACUCACCUUUAUACAAAAUUAUCGCAGUGAUAGUGCCUCUUGUUAUAUUCAUGAUAGGAAUUCUUGGGAAUCUUUUGGUGAUCGUUGUCAUUUCGCGUCGUAGAAGCAUGCAGACCCCUACUAAUUGUUACCUAAUUAGUUUGUCUGUAGCCGACUGUCUUCUCCUCCUGUCAGCAACACUGCCAUCCAUACCAGAGCCCUUAUUUCGUCGGAAUCAUUGGCCGUGGGGAAGGGCUAUGUGCUCUCUCUUAGUAUUUGUCCAGUACCUUGGGGCCGACGCGUCAGCGCUGUCUAUCACGGCAUUUACUUUGGAGCGCUACAUUGCAAUAUGUCACCCAAUGAAAGCGCAAACAAUAUGCACGGCUCGACGGGCCAAACGUAUAAUAAUCUCACUUUGGUGUUUCUCGGUGCUCUAUUGUACCCCCUGGCUGGGACUGACCACAAUGACGUAUAAAAAUACCUGUGACGGGUCGCCCCCUCUUCAUACUUGUACCUACAGAUUAGAGCGAGAAUCAUAUCUGUUCUACUACAUGACGGACUUUUUCAUUUUUUAUGUGUUUCCUUUACUUUUGUCCGGGAUUCUAUAUUCGUUCAUUAUCCGGAUACUUUUUAACAAGUCCGCAUUAGAUUCGGAUGGAAGCAAAGCGCCGGACUAUUCCAAUCGUUCACGUCAAACGUCAAAGUCACGAUUCCAGGUCAUACGGAUGCUCGUGGUGAUCGUGGCCGUAUUUGCUCUGUUGUGGCUGCCGUAUCGCGCUAUAGUGGUUUAUAACUCAUUAGCAGACAACAAAUACCUAAACGUCUGGUUCUGGCUCUUCUGUCGUAUCAUGGUGUACAUCAACAGUGCCGUCAACCCCAUCCUCUACAGCCUCAUGUCGCUGAAAUUCAGGAAGGCCUACCGCCGGAUACUUUCAUGCAAUCCCCAUUUCCAGAGACAGUCGUCCGGAACAAUCAACGAGUCGACGACAGCCGGAAUAUCUCGGCGGAGAAGUCACUUUGAACACACGUACCUUAUGGCGAAGGAUACCAGACGAUUUAACACGGAUAUAGAGAAGGGCAGUCCUUUGUCAGGUCCUCAAUCUCGUCUGUCACUCCACAGUUUGUAUGUCCAAAACAACUUCUGCUCUACGUAGUGGUGACAUCAUUGAUGGCAUACAAUCCGAAAACUCGGUCUGACGUCAUACUGAAAAAAAAUACAUUUUUGAAUCUGAAACAUUUAUUUCUCGGUGUGAAUUUUUGAGGCAACACUAUAUACGAUUGAGAAAGCUGGUAAAAUACACAAUGUAGAAGUUUGGACUUCCAUUGUUUUUUACUGUUUUCUAACAAUACAAAAUGUUAGAUUCUAAACGUAUCUACACAGGCAGACAGGAUUGUCGGGUUCUCGUUAACUCUUAACAGACAUGUACUUUCGGCAAAACAAUAGCUUAAGGUAUAUCAUUAUUCAAAUAAUAUUACAAUGCCUUAGGUUAACGUUUACUACAGGACUAACUUAUUUGUGAUGCUUGAUCUUUUCGAUUUAAAGAACAUGUGACGCUUACCUUGAUUCUCUGGUUUUCUGGCGGCUAGAUGUUUUGUAAGUGCCGUUUGGAAAAAAUAUGUUUGUUGGGUAAAAUAAAUA